AAGAUGAGCGCCUGUGGAAGGAAGGCCCUGACCCUGCUGAGCAGCGUCUUUGCCGUCUGUGGCCUGGGCCUCCUGGGCAUCGCCGUCAGCACUGACUACUGGCUCUACCUGGAGGAGGGUGUGGUCCUGCCCCAGAACCAGAGCGCCGAGGUCAGGAUGUCCCUGCACUCAGGCCUCUGGCGGGUCUGCUUCCUGGCAGGUGAGGAACGAGGACGCUGCUUCACCAUAGAAUAUGUGAUGCCCAUGAACUCCCAGCUAACAUCUGAGUCCACAGUCAACGUUCUAAAAAUGAUUCGCUCAGCCACGCCGUUCCCUCUGGUCAGCCUCUUCUUCAUGUUCAUUGGGUUUAUUCUGAGCAACAUAGGACACAUCCGUCCCCACAGGACAAUACUGGCCUUUGUUUCCGGCAUCUUCUUUAUCCUCUCGGGCCUCUCGCUCGUUGUGGGCCUGGUGCUCUACAUCUCCAGCAUCAACGAUGAGAUGCUCAACAGGACCAAAGAUGCAGAGACCUACUUCAAUUACAAAUACGGGUGGUCGUUUGCCUUUGCUGCCAUCUCCUUUCUUUUGACAGAGAGUGCUGGAGUGAUGUCGGUGUACCUGUUCAUGAAGAGGUACACGGCCGAGGACAUGUACAGGCCCCAUCCCGGCUUCUACCGCCCGCGUCUGAGCAACUGCUCCGAUUACUCUGGUCAGUUCCUGCACCCGGAUGCCUGGAUCCGGGGCCGCAGCCCCUCUGACAUAUCCAGCGAUGCUUCUUUGCAGAUGAGCAGCAACUACCCAGCCUUGCUCAAGUGCCCCGACUAUGACCAGAUGUCUUCUUCUCCCUGCUGAGCUCUCCCGACACCCAGCUGGGACUGAGGACAGCCGAGAAUCCCUUCCCUUCCCCCCUGCCAGGCCCUGAGCCCCAGGCCGCCUCCUGCUUAGCCACGGUUACUUGACCUUGUUCUCUCCCUGUUUUUCCUGGAGCAGCUCUA